AUGGCUGGGGAGAUAGUCUACGCCGAUCUGAACCUCUCCCCUGGCUUUCCUGGCUCCAGGGCGCCCCUUUCAGCUCAGCCCCACAGUCCCCCAAGUCCCCGGUGGCAUCGGACAGCGCUGUGGGUCGGAUGGAUUGGGAAUAUUGUCCUGGUGAUUGCUGUGAUAGCGCUGGGGAUUUGGGUUUCCCACUUGGUGUCUGAGAAGGGACAGACCCCGGCAGCCCCUGGGAGUGACGGAGCCGGGAGCAGAGACCCCAGCACAGCAGAAUGCAGCACCCGCCUGGAGCGUUUCCGAUCCCAGCUGUGCCCCCCGGCCCCGCCCGGCCCAGCAGGGGGCCCCGGGUGCAAACUCUGCCCCACGGACUGGCGGCUGCGCGGGGACAAGUGCUACUGGGUCUCCAGAGGAAGUAAAACGUGGAGCGAGAGCCGCACCGACUGCUCAGCGAGGGGCUCCCAGCUGCUGGUGAUCCGGGACCGGGAGGAGCUGGAGUCCCUACAGGACCUGACAGAAGGCACGUCUCAGUUCUGGAUCGGACUGUCCAUCCCCUCCCCGGAGAAGGCCUGGACCUGGCUGGACGGCUCCCGGCUGGAUCAGACCCUGUUCCCGGUGUCAGGCCCGGCUGAGGGGAACCACUGUGGAGCGGUGGAGGGGAAUCGGAUUCGUUCUGACACCUGCAGCUCUGGAGUGCAGUGGAUUUGCCAGCAAGACGCCGUCCCGCUCUGA